UCUUCCUCAUUUGCAUACAACGAGAAUGGCGAGCGGGCACCCCACUGACAAAUACAGUUUCAUGUACCAACCAGACACGCACAAGAGUAAGAACAGAUUAUCCGGUAUGAAUCCCGUCUACAGCCCUGUUCAGCCUGGAGCUCCCUACGGUAACCCCAAGAACAUGGCCUACACAGGCUACCCAGGAGGUUACCCUACUGCUGCUCCCAACUACACACCUAACCUCUACCAAACGGCUAGUCCAGGGUACCCACCAGGAUACACAACAGCGGGUACUCCAUAUAAAGUGCCCCCCACCCAGAUGAACGGAGCCCCCCCACCCUACUCCCCCUCCCCCAACCCCUACCAAACAGCCUUGUACCCCAUCAGAAGUGCCUACCCCCAGCAGAGCAUGCAGAGCAUAUAUGCACAGGCGUAUUACACCCAGCCUGUUUAUGCUGCUCAGCCUCAGCCUCAUGUAAUCCACCACACCACAGUGGUUCAGCCAAACAGCCUGCCCUCAGCCCUCUACCCCGCCCCGGUCCAAGCCCCUAGAAACAACGGAAUGGCUGCCAUGGGGAUGGUUGCCGGGACCACCAUGGCUAUGAGUGCAGGAACCCUGCUGACCACACCGCAGCACGCUCAGCUGGGAACGCACCAACACGUCACCAUGCCGCAGUUCCGGCCCCAGGGUGCACCUGGAUACAGUUAUGUCCCGCCCCACUGGUAGACCCCCACCCCACGAGAA